AUAGGAAAUAACUUUACGUUUAACUCUAUUUAUUUAUUUUUACUUUGUUAUUAUUUCCGUUCAUUUAUCUUUUUAAAUACUCAUAAUAAAUCGGAUACAUUUAAUACAUGAUAUUAGAUCUGUUUUUAAAAAGUCUAAUUCGUCUCCAUGGCAACGGUACGUCAAGCGGGACGACACGUCCUCGACCCGGGUCAUGUGACUACACCGCUGGCUCUGCUGCGCCGCCGUCCCGAAUCUGUGCCGCGGCGCCGCGCCUGUUAUGAUAGGAAAAUUCGCGGGUUUGCGGUGACAGAUCCAGCAGCGGAGGAGGAGAGGGAAGCGCGCGACUCGGAGUGGGAAGCUGCGGAUGCCAGACUCCCGGUCUUCCCUGCAUUAGGAUCUACGAGGCUGGGAUCGACAGCAGCUGGCCGCCCUCCAAAACCUUCCGACCCACCAUGAUGGCGUCCAGCGACGUGGACGUCAGAGCCGAUGACCAGAACCCGUCAGAACUGGACGCCUUGUGUCCGUCUCCUCCCGGGCCGGCCCGACCGCAGCGCAACUAUGAGCGGAUCGGAGGAAGAGCGGGAACUUCCUUUUUCCAGACGCUGAUCCACCUGCUGAAGGGGAACAUCGGAACCGGCCUGCUGGGCCUCCCUCUGGCUGUGAAGAACGCGGGACUGGUGCUCGGCCCCAUCAGCCUCCUGAUCAUGGGCGUCAUCGCCGUCCACUGCAUGCGGCUGCUGGUGCAAUGCUCCCACUACCUCAGCGCCAAGAUGAACCGGCCGUCGAUGACCUACGGCGAGGUGAUGCAGUACGGCAUGGAAAACGUCUCGUGGCUCAGGAGUCGUUCACACUGGGGCAGGUGGACGGUGAACUUGUUCCUCAUCAUCACUCAGCUGGGCUUCUGCUGCGUCUACUUCGUCUUCCUCAGUGACAACGUCAAGCAGGUGGUGGAAGCAGCCAACGCCACCACGGGGAACUGCCACAUGAACUACUCCAACCAGACGGAGAUCCUGAUUCCCAGCUUCGACUCCCGCCUCUACAUGCUCUGCUUCCUGCCCUUCAUCAUCCUGCUGGUCCUGAUCCCCAACCUGAAGUUCCUGGCCCCCUUCUCCCUGCUGGCCAACCUGGCCAUGACCGCCAGCUUGGUCUUCAUCUACUUCUACUCGCUGACGAACAUCACAUACCCCAUCAACCUGCCCAAAGUCGGGAGGGCCAAAGACUACCCUCUGUUUUUUGGGACGGCCAUCUUCGCCUUUGAGGGGAUCGGAGUGGUUCUCCCCCUGGAGAACAAGAUGCAGAAGCCGGAAAAGUUCUCUCAGGUUCUGUAUUUGGGGAUGGGCAUCGUGACCUUCCUCUACAUCAGCCUGGGGACCAUCGGAUACAUCUGCUUCGGGGAGCACAUCGGGGGGAGCAUCACUCUCAACCUGCCCAACUGCUGGAUGUACCAGAUUGUGAAGCUGCUCUACUGCUUCGGGAUCUUCAUCACCUUCGCGCUGCAGUUCUACGUUCCCGCCGAGAUCCUCAUCCCUCCUGUAGUCGCUCGCUUGUCGGGCCGAUGGGAGACGGCGGCGAGCCUGGCUCUUAAAAUUGUCCUGGUCAUCUUCACCUGCGUCCUCGCCAUCCUGAUCCCGGAGCUGGACCUGGUCAUCUCGCUGGUGGGCUCGGUCAGCAGCAGCUUCCUGGCGCUCAUCUUCCCUCCCAUCCUGGAGCUGGUGGCGUUCCACACUGAGGGCGUGUCCCCGCUGGUGACCAUCAAGAACUGCGUCAUCAGCGUGGUGGGCUUCGUGGGCUUCCUGGCGGGAACCUACAUCGCCAUCGAGCAGAUCAUCGCCCGGAACGCGCUGAAACACGAGGAGACCUUCUCUAGCUUCAUGGUGCAGUGAUGCAUGGACGGAUGGCGGGGGCCAGAGGGCGGGGCUUCUGCCUCCAUCGCCUGAUCCGUCGGACGCGUUCGGACGCUUCCGACCAUCAACAGUCAUGUAGUGCAAUCCUGCUGAGCAGUUCCUCCAUGUUGGAGGCGCUUCCUUCCACUGAUCCGGAGAGAUUCGACCGAUUUUCUGCUUCGUUCGUCACAUUUAGAGAGGGACAAAGUCCGACUACCUCAGUCACUUCCUGCUCUUCGGCUCCGCCUCCAUCCAGACGCCCAACCAGUUCAGAAAGACGUCGCACUUUGAUUUAUGCCUUAAGACACAAACACGCUACUAUCAGAACGUUUCCUGCGUUUAAACCGCCGAGUGUUUCAGUUUGCUGAGAAUUCUGCUCGACUAAUAAUGAAAUAUUUUUACCAUCAUGUACAAAUAUUUAAAACUAAACGAAACAUUAGACUCCGCCCCCUCCUCUAAUGUCACCAUGACAACCUAACGAGGUUUGGAGUCGCCCCAAACGUCUCUUCAAUCAUCAGAAUCUGAAAGUUUCUACUCGUUUUUGAGACACUUUCAUUUAAAAAGCUUUUAAAAUGUUUCGAGCAUCAAGGAAAACUGGAGAUGAAUUUCCCGUCUGUACCAGAGAGGUUUGUAGAGUCCUGCAGAUCCUCGGUUCUGAUUGGCUCCUGAUCACGUCCUGCAGCGUCUGUGGAACCGUCAGAAACGGUUCGGUCACUUUUCUGAAUUCUAAAGUAUUUCUGCUUCUCUGGAAUGUAUCAAACUUGAGAAACGUUCACAUAAAAUAGUUUUUAUUAUGGCGAGAAGUUUUCUCGUGUGCAAAACGUAGAAGAACAAAAACCAUCAGCAGUAAAAGCCGUGGAGCUAAAUGAGGCUUUCUCCUGAGAACUUUAAACGAGCGUCGGUACUGGUUUGAUUUCUUAAAGUUUUAUGUUUGAUUUUAUUUUUUUAUGUUUUAUCUAACUAUCUGCUUUCAAGCCGUUUUAUCUUUAUGGUAAAGCAUGUGUCUGCACACGGGCUGAUACUCGUCCUUCGGUGUAAAUACUAACGUCCGCUUCUGCUCGUGACUUCACGUCUGUGCUGCAGCGUCUGACCGGCGCCUGUUUGAGUCCUUCUGUCGCUUUGUUUGCUCGUCUGCAAACGGAAACUCGUUCUUCCACCAGAAAACUCUUCAGUUUGCUUCAUGUUGAACCUUCGUCUGAACUGGUCUGAUCCCGACGGUCAUUGUAAAGAAUGAAGUUCUGGACUCAGAGCUGGAGCUGCUUCACUGCACUGGCAGAGGGUUCUUACUGCAGCACUUUUCUCAUUUCUUCAUUCCUUUUUCAGAAUAAAAAACAAAACUGAAGUCUUGGUGUUUUUUCUGACCGAGUUGAUCCACCUGAAGAGUCGUCGUGUCUUUUUGCUUUUAUUUUAAUCAGUUUAUCGGUGAACAAAGGAAUCUUAAAAUGCAUCUAAGUUGAUUUCAGUCGUUACUGUGGCCUCGUUUAUGAGUGAAAGAGGUGUUUGUUCAAGCGGUUACAGUCUGUGCCGUCUUUAAGUGGUACGUCUGGAAUGAAACGUUCCAAAGAGCUGAACCUCAGAGAUGAUUUACUGGUCGGUUUUUAGCAGCUACUUCCAUCCGUCUCUGUCCUGUAAAUCGUGUUUUAUGACGUUACUCCGGUUUGAAUUCUACGUCAGAAUAGAGCUGUGAAAGAAAAAGAGUUUCACCACUUUAUUUCAUACUAAACCCUCCAGAAAACGGCUAGUAAACAGAAAAAGGAAACAAGUUGGAGAAGAGAAGCCCCUCCCUGUUUGACCAGUGUGAACACCGUGAGCUUAACCUGCCUGCUGAACUUCCAGUCUCUCUCAGUUGGGGGUUUAGCUCCUUUUUUUCUCUGUUUCUGAGAGAAGAUUCAAGUUUCCUGCCGUCGUUAUAAAAGCAGAACCAGUUUAUAAAACUGAAACGUAAAGAUCAGGUUGGACAUGAAGCUGUUUUUAUUUAAACUUUUACAUCCGGAUUAUUCAGAUCUUUCCCAAUGUCGUCAGAACGUUCUUUUUGAAAUGAAUUUUCCUUUCAGUAUCACCUGUGGAUCAUGGCGUUCAUCUCAAACAGAAAAAGAUUCCUCUGCUUAAAUGUUGACAACACAAAUCGUGACAUUUCUGACCUUUGACAACAGAUUAUUUAUGGAAACAUUUCCAUGGAUUUGACUUCCUAAUGCAGCUGAAGUUUGGAUCUCGAUCGGAGAAGAAGCAAAAGGCCGUUCUGACAUUAAACUGAACGUCGUGUAAUCUGGAUUUAUUUGUUUUUAAGUCUUGCGUCUAAGAUGGUCAAACCUCAGAUUUUUCAGACUCUGACACUCCAGCUGGUGGUGGAGUGUCCGAGUCUCCAUGACUGUUCUCCAUCCAGACGCGUUCGCCCUCAGAGAUCCCUGACGGUUUUCAUGGUUCCUUCUUCACGGUACAGCGUCUUUUCUGGUCCAUGAGACCCUCGUUCUCAGGAGAUCUUCAGAUCUGCAGAGUUCAGGUGAGCUUUCACACCUGCAGGACCAGGAGGACCGCGAGAGGAAGCCAGAUCUGGAUCAGACCAGGACCAGACCCAACAAGGAGAGGUUGUGUUUUGGUUUGAGGUGUUUAUUCAGUCAAUCUCUCUUGUUUUUUCUUGUUUGUUUUAUUGAAUCUUUUGUUCGAGUCCCUCCUGUCUUUGGGUUUUCCUCUACCGCACAGCCAUAACAGGCUGUACAUUCAGUUCUUGUUAACUGGAUUUGUCAUUUUCUGUGCCAAAAAAGCUCCAAAAUAAAGACAUCUUUUGAAUUUA